AUGGAUAUGUCAACCGCGAUCGUCGUAGGACUGCUCGCGCUAUUGCAGUUGGUCGACGCGCAAGUUGAACAAAUUCUUGCAGUGGCUGCCGCUGAUGGUCUACCGAGACCGUGGAUAUCCGAGCUGUUUCACCAGGAACUGGCCAAUUUCACCGUUCGACACGUCGGAAGCUCCACUUGCCGGCUCCAAUCCGACAUGUAUGACAGACAUUUGCGGAACCACACCAGUUGGGCGGUCAGAAUGGCGGAAUCCUGGGACCGAUAUCCGAACGGCAUACAAGUGGGCAACCAAUAUCACAUGGGAGUUUACGACGAAUGUGUGGAUGUACGUCAUCCGGUGAUAAGACAGUAUUGCUUGUCUCAAAUAAAACUAAUCCCACCGACGGGCACAGAUUACAGUUUCAACAGAACGGAAGAUCUAGAUGAUUUCGGCAACAAAGAUGCGUGGAAAACAGUACUCGGAGUAUGUGUGAUCAAAUAUCUAGAAAACAUAAGAGUUUUCAUAUCAUUAAAUAAAACGUAUAGAUUGAGGUACAUGCGAGUCACGCCUUUCUUCUUCGGUUUAGCCACGAGCUUCGUCGUGGAAAAGUUGAAGGAAAAUAAAUUUAAAUUUUCACAAAUGACAGUUUACAUUGGAACAUUCGUUGUUUUCCUGAUUGGCGUCUGUGUUCAGCUUUAUGGUGCCAAAUUCUACACUCGACAAUUACCUUAUUAUCCGUUGAACAUGCUUUAUACUCGAUCGCUAACCAUUGUACAUGGACACUUCCAAGCAUGUGGAUUGUCAUUUGCUUGUUUUACAGAGAGUUUUGUUGCCCAUUAUCCUUGUUGGUUUUGUAAAUUGUCUAAAACUGAAUGUCAUAGUCAAAUUGAUCAAUUAGAUGAUAAACUUCGAAACAUUGACACAUAUAAUUCUGAUAUAGAAAUUAAUAAUGUGAGUUUAACUAGAAUAGAACAAGCAUGUGUAUUAAAUGAAAUUAAUUCUUUCCACAUAACCGAAAAUUAUGCAGUAGAUAUUAUGUACGAUUUACUUGAAGGGGUAUGCAAAUACGAUAUUGGACUUCUGUUAAAUCAAAUGAUUUUUAGCUUUAAGUAUUUUACUUUAAAAACUUUAAAUGAUAGAAUUGAGUCAUUUAACUGUGGUACAAUAGACAUACGAAGUAGGCCGUCUCUUAUUUCUGUUGAUACCUUAAAACCCACCGGUACUUUAAAAAUGUCUGCUAGUGAAAUGUAUUGUUUUGUAAGGUAUUUAAGUCUGAUAGUUGGUGAUUUAGUACCAGAAGAUUUGAAAAUGUGUAAAACUAUUAAGUUUAAAGAUAUUAAUUUAUUAAAAGUUUUAAUAUCUGAACAUCAUGAUCUUUAUAUGCAAGUAUUUAACACCCAUUUAAAGCCAAAACAUCACCAUAUGAUACACUAUCCAAUGAUUAUACAAAAAAGUGGCCCGUUAUCUAUGAUGUGGUCUAUGAGAUUUGAGGCUAAACAUAAACAAUUUAAAGAUGCCGCAAACUCAACUUCGUCUAGGAAAAAUGUAUACCUCAACGGACCAGCUAUGCUGUUGACUGGUUUGAACGCCGUCGAUCCAUUCUUCUUCAUGAGCGGUUUCGUCUUAUACAUUAACCUUUCUCGAGAAUUUCGUAAACAAAAGGACGAAUCGGUUUGGAAGACACUCUUGUUGCCAAUUAUACAGCGAAUAAUCAGAAUGUUACCGACUUGUUACGCGAUGAUGGCCAUCACGGCGCAUAUUAUACCCCACCUCGGAGACGGUCCACUGUGGCCACAUAAGUCGUGGGAAGAAGCAGAGAUAUGCAAGAACUAUUGGUGGACCAACCUGUUGUUCAUAAGCAAUUUCGUUGACGUCAAGCAUCAGUGCCUCAUAAUGAGCUGGUACUUAUCGUGUGAUAUCCAGUUUGUCGUAAUCGGAGCUAUUGUCGUUUACGUUUACACGAAAAACCCAAAAUAUGGAAUCGCAUUGCUUGGCACAAUAAUUGGUUUGUCGAUAUCCGUACCGUUCAUAAUCACUCUUUUGACGGGAAGAGAUGGAAUGGAUAAAUUUCCUAUACCAUACAUAUUGUACAUGAGAAAUAUUUUAUCGUUAAAUGAGUCGUACCGACCAAGUUACAUGCGGGCCACGCCAUUCUUUGGACCCUUUGCCAUGAGCUUUGUACUGGAAAAACUAAAGGAAAAAAAAGUGAAAUUUUCACAAACGUUGGUUCACGGCGGAACAUUUGCCAUUUGCACGUUUACUUUAUGGGUUCAGUCUUACGGCACUGUAUUCUAUGAGAGAAAUAGACCUUAUUAUCCAUUUGAACAUGCCUUGUACUCAACUAUCUAUCAGUGUACGUGGGCGGUAGCGGGUAUAUGGAUUACCAUAAGUUAUUUCACGUCUGGCUACGGUCUACUUAAAAAUUUGAUUCUCAAUAAAUUUGUUAUGAUUAUGGGGAAACUCUCAUACUCCAUUUUGUUGGUGAACAUGACUGUUAUGCUAACAUCUCAGAGUUCACAGAGGUUACCAGUUCAUCUGUCGUCAAGAUAUGUGGUAGGUGGAGACACUAAUAUUAAGAAUAGUAUACGGAAAAGUAAAAGCUCGUUGAUCAAGAAUGGAACACCGAUCGAAAAACCAGCUACCUGCUGCAGCAGUAAAACUGUUAAAAAAGAUUAG